CCGCCGUCAUGCAGUGCCCACCGGCGCUCGUCACUUCCAGGCGCGUGCAGAAUGCCCACACGGGCCUCGACCUGGCCGUGCCGCAGCACCAGGAGGUGCGGGGCAAGAUGAUGUCCGGCCACGUGGAGUACCAGAUCCUGGUGGUCACCCGGCUGGCCGCCUUCAAGUCGGCCAGGCACAGGCCCGAGGAUGUCGUCCAGUUCUUGGUCUCCAAAAAGUACAGCGAGAUCGAGGAGUUCUACCAGAAGCUGAGCGGCCGUUACCCAGCAGCCAGCCUGCCCCCGCUGCCCAGGAAGGUCCUGUUCGUCGGGGAGUCCGACAUCCGGGAAAGGAGGGCCGUGUUCCACGAGAUCCUGCGCUGCGUCUCCCAGGACGCUGAGCUGGCCGGCAGCCCGGAGCUGCUGGAAUUCCUAGGCACCAGCUCCCCGGGGGCGGCAGACCCCAGCAGCAGAGGUGUCUCUGUCCUGGACACCGGCGGCCAGGCCGGGGACGACGGGGAGGCUUUCGACUUCUUCCAGCAGCAGGAGGGCGCGGAGGGGCCGCCCACCCCUGGCCAGGAAGAGGACGCGGGGAAGUCCUCGGAAGAGGAGGAGGCCCUGGACCCCCUAGGCAUCAUGCGCUCCAAGAAGCCAAAAAAGUGUCCCAAAGCAGCGGUGAAGCCCAGACCCUCGCCACGGCUCACCCUCUUUGACGAAGAGGUGGACCCCGAUGCAGAGCUCUUCAGCCCAAGCAGGAAGCUCUCCGCCGGGGGCGCCGCAGAGGACGCACCCCCCAGGGACCCCCUGACGCUGUUUGAUGAUCCUGACCUCGGAGGGGCCGUCCCCCUGGGUGACCCCUUACUGCUGCCGGCAGCACCUGCGAGUGGAGGGCCCGUGCCUUGCCGGGGCUACAGAGAGGCCUCCGAGGAGCUGUUCAGAAUUGAAGAGGACUUGGACCAGAUUCUGAACCUGGGGGCUGAGCCCAAACCCCAGCCCCCGCCUAAGCCCAAACCGCCCGUGGCAGCUAAGCCAGCGCCACCCAGAAAGCCAGCUGCUCCCCCCAGAGCCGGCCCGUCUGAGGCCGCGGCCGGGCCGCCGCCGCCGCCACCGCCGCCGCAGCAGCAGAUCCACGCCAUGGACGAGAUGGACAUCCUGCAGUACAUCCGGGACCACGACGCGUCUGGCCAGGCCGCCCCCAGCCUCUUCUGACCCGCCCUGCCCUGUGCUGGCCCCGGGCUGGCAGCCCCGCUCCCGUGGGGGGGCCUGUGGCGAGGUGGGGGCUGUGCCUUGCAGGCCCGGAUCUCUAGUGCCGAGCGGGGAAGCCGAAGUCACAGGACCCCUGUCCUACCUUGUGCCUUUUCCUCUGGCCCGUGGGGUCACGGAGCCCUGCGUGGUACAGAGAGAGGGUCCCCAGAGGAACUGAGCCCAGCUGUCUCGGCCACAGCACGUGGAGGGGGAGCAGGUGGGGAUGCUGGCUAACCGGGAGCCUGGCCCCAGGAAGGACUGGGACGGGGAACCCCGGGCAGCUCAUGCGGGGCAGGGGGACGCUGUGUCCACUGUGCCCACCGGCUCUGCCGCCUCAGCACAGGGCGGAGCGCCUGCCACCCUGGGUGGGGCUGGGGGCCGCAUGGCUCCUGGGCCUGUGGCUCUGGGAGGGUCCCCCAGGAGAGGGAUGUAGAGUGGGUGCCGGGGGGAGCCUGGCGGGCUGGGGCGUCCCUGAGUCGCCUCUGGUUCCCAGGUGCUAUCAGGGUGCUUUCCUGUGUCCAGUUGAGAGAGAUCAGGCCAGCCCUCCUGGGGAUUGGAUGGCACAGCAGGCCCAGGUCUUCCUCUCUUCCUGUCCCAGGGGAGACCUGGCCAGACAGACCCUGGCCCCCUGGGGCCUCUGGCCUUAGAGCCGGUGCAGCCCGCAGCUCUGAGCUGUGAUCCCCGCGCCCUGCAGGGCUCGGCCGGGCCUGG